GCAGACACAGCGAAGGAAACUUGUUGGGUAUAUGCUUUACACCAAAGCAGUAGAGUAAGCCCAUGCGCAGGGGGCACAGCACACCCUCCUUCUGCUCUUAGGAUUGUUGAAUUAAAUAUUUCUUUCACUUGAGUACCAAGUACUACCCUACUACACCAACACCACUCCCUCACUGCACCAUCUUCUUCUCAUUUUUGGAUCGAUUCAUUUCCCAAGUUUAUCAUCAUCGGGAUUCGCGGUGAUCCUUCCAUCAAUGUUUAAAACUAAAAACAGCAAGUGAAACUAAUUGAACAAAUCGCGAUUAAGAAUUUUACAUUGUUUAUUCCGAUCGCACGAAGAUGCAAGGGUUUACAGCAACCACAGACUUGGCUGAGCUUCAGUCUACCAUGCGAACCUUUGAGCUCGCUUGCACUUCUAUUCAGAUGCAUAUCAAUCCAGUAGCUUCUGAGGCUGUUAUAUUGUCAUUAGGCCAAUCUUCUCAGCCAUAUAAGACGUGCCAAUUCAUUCUUGAAAAUUCCCUGGUGGCAGCUGCAAGGUUUCAAGCGGCUGCUGCAAUUCGAGAAGCAGCUAUUAGAGAAUGGGGUUUUCUUACCGCUGAUGACAGAAGAGGAUUGAUUAGUUUUUGUUUAUGCUAUGCCAUGCAACAUGCUAGUUCUCCUGAUGGCUAUGUCCAAGCAAAGGUUUCUUCUGUGGCUACUCAGUUGAUGAAGAGGGGUUGGCUUGAGUUUGCAGCUGCAGAGAAGGAGACACUCUUUUAUCAGGUGAACCAGGCUAUUGUGGGCAUUCAUGGAGUAGAUGUGCAGUUUGCUGGAAUCAAAUUCCUUGAAUCAUUGGUAUCAGAAUUUUCUCCAUCUACUUCAAGUGCUAUGGGCCUUCCAAGGGAAUUUCAUGAGCAGUGUAGAAGGUCACUUGAGCGAGACUACCUGAAGACAUUCUACUGUUGGACACAAGAAGCUGCUUUAAGUGUCACAAACAGGAUUAUUGAAUCUGACUCUGCCAUACCUGAGGUUAAAGUUUGCACUGCUGCAAUGGAUCUCAUGCUUCAAAUCCUGAAUUGGGAUUUUCGUUGCAAUACCAGUGAGACAAAAAUAAAUGUAAAUGUCUUCUGUGCUGGAGUUAGACAAGAUGUGGAUUCUCCCAAAAGGUCUGAAUGUCAUCUAGUGCAGCCUGGUUCAGAUUGGCAUGAUGUCUUGAUCUUAAGUGGUCAUGUUGGAUGGCUUUUGAGGUUAUAUGCAUCAUUGAGGCUGAAAUUUACAUGUGAAGGCUACUGGCUUGACUGCCCUAUUGCACUCUCUGCUCGAAAACUAAUUGUACAAUUUUGUUCGUUAACAGGAACUGUAUUUCCUUCUGAUGAUGGAAAAAUGCAUGAACGACAUCUUCUGCAGCUACUAUCUGGGAUAAUAGAGUGGGUAGAUCCUCCUGAUGCUGUUUCAAAGGCUAUUGAAUGUGGGAAAAGUGAUAGUGAGAUGCUUGAUGGUUGUCGUGCAUUAUUGGCCAUUGCAAAUGUAACAACCCCCUAUAUGUUUGACGGACUGCUAAAAUCUUUGAGGCACAUCAGUACGCUGACUUUUUUGUCAAUGUUGAUGUCUGAAGUAAUUAAAGUCCUCAUGAUUAGUAACACAGAAGAAGAGACUUGGAGCUGGGAAGCACGUGAUGUCUUAUUGGAUACUUGGACUGCAAUUCUAAUGCCAAUAAAUACUAUCAAUGUGAAUGCUUUGCUUCCACCUGAAGGGAUAAAAGCAGCUGCCAAUCUCUUUGGUUUCAUUGUAGAAUGCGAGCUACGAAUGGCCUCUGCAUCAGCAUUUAAUGAUGAGGGUGAUUCAGACUAUCUUCAUGCUUCUGUAUCUGCCAUGGAUGAAAGGUUAAGCUCCUAUGCUCUUAUUGCGAGAGCUUCUAUUGAUGUUACAAUUCCUUUGCUCAUGAGAGUGUUUUCAGAGCGGGUUGCACGCCUUAAUCAGGGCAGGGGCAUUAUGGACUUGACUGAAACGUUGGAAGAACUUUAUUCAAUGUUGUUGAUUAUUGGUCAUGUAAUUGCAGAUGAAGGGGAGGGUGAAAUACCACUGGUUCCUAAUGCCAUACAAACCCAAUUUGUUGUUAAUGCUGUUGAAGCAGAUAAACAUCCUGUUAUUUUACUUUCCAGCUCAAUCAUAAAAUUUGCUGAGCAGUGCCUUAAUCCAGAAAUGAGAGCGUCAGUUUUUAGUCCCCGACUGACGGAGUCAAUUAUAUGGUUCCUUGCAAGGUGGUCUCGUACAUAUCUAAUGUCUUCAGAUCGGAUUGGGGAGAAAAUCGUUGAUUCAGGUCAUCAUCAUGAGCAUAGUUCGAAAAAGGCUUUGCUUAAUUUCUUUGGAGAGCAUAACCAAGGGAAACUUGUUCUUGAUAUUAUUGUUCGUAUAUCCUUGAUCACACUUACAUCAUAUCCAGGGGAAAAGGAUCUGCAGGGCCUCACUUGUUACCAAUUACUUCAUUCACUGGUUCAGCAAAAGCAUAUAUGUGUUCACCUUGUUACUCUGAAUUCAUGGCACAAACUGGCUACUGCAUUUUCCACUGAAAAGACUUUGCUCUUGUUGGAUACUUCUCAUCAGCGAUCUCUUGCACAAACGCUUGUUCGUUCAGCUUCAGGCAUAAGAAAUUCAGAGGCAUCUAGCCAGUAUGUAAGAAAUCUCAUGGGUCAUAUUGCAACAUACAUAGUGGACAUGUCCAGCAAGAGUAAUUUUAAAAGUAUUGCCCAACAACCAGAUAUCAUCCUUUCGGUCAGCUGCAUGUUAGAACGGCUGCGUGGAGCUGCAAGUGCUUCUGAACCUCGAACACAAAAAUCUAUGUAUGAGCUAGGAUUCUCUGUAAUGAAUCCCGUACUAGUUCUUCUUGAAGUGUAUAAACAUGAGUCUGCAGUUGUCUACCUGCUACUUAAAUUUGUAGUCGAUUGGGUUGAUGGACAAAUUACUUACUUGGAGGCCCAAGAAACUGCCGCUGUUGUUAAUUUCUGCAUGCGUUUGCUUCAGCUGUAUUCAUCUCACAAUAUUGGCAAGAUAUCGCUAAGUCUUUCAAGCAGCUUACUUAGUGAGGCAAAAACAGAUAAGUAUAGAGAUUUACGAGCUCUUCUUCAACUUCUUUCAAGUCUUUGCUCCAAAGACAUGAUUGAUUUCUCAUCAGAUUCAAUUGAAGCCCAAGGCACUAACAUAUCUCAGGUGGUUUACUUUGGUCUUCACAUAGUCGCCCCACUAAUUUCUAUGGACCUCCUGAAAUAUCCCAAACUUUGUCAUGAUUAUUUUUCUCUCCUGUCACAUAUGUUGGAGGUUUACCCUGAAACAUUUGCGCAACUAAAUAGUGAAGCCUUUGCUCAUGUACUUGGAACCCUAGAUUUUGGUCUCCACCAUCAGGAUGCUGAUGUGGUUAGCAAGUGUCUGAGAGCUCUGCAAGCUCUUGCUUCUUACCACUACAAGGAGACUGGUAAUGGUAAUAUAGGCUUGGGUGCAAAUGCUGUGGGUCAUAAGGGUUCAAAUGGGAAUUUUCAGGAAGGUCUUUUGAGUCGUUUCCUCCGUUCAUUGCUGCAGUUACUCCUGUUUGAGGAUUACAGUUCUGAUCUAAUCAGUGUUGCAGCAGAUGCUCUCCUUCCAUUAAUCCUUUGCGAGCAAGGCCUGUAUCAGAGAUUGGGGAAUGAAUUGAUAGAGAGACAAGCAAAUCCAACACUCAGGACAAGGUUGGCAAAUGCAUUGCACACGCUAACAAGUGCAAAUCAGCUUUCUACCUCCCUUGAUCGAAUAAAUUACCAGAGAUUUAGGAAAAAUCUUAAUAGCUUCCUAGUUGAAGUUCGUGGAUUUCUCAGGACCAUGUGAUCAACCAUAUAUGGCUGUGUAUUAGAACUUCAAAAGAGUUGACAUCACUAAUUAAACCAGAAGCUGGGGAAGAAAAAAAAGACAAGCUCUUGGCGGACAAAAUAUUUGGAGUUACAGAAAACAUCGAGCGAGUCCUAUCUACACUGGACAUUUGUCACUCAUAUCACUCGGGUUUUUUGCAAUAGUAAAAGCUGCUUAUUUAUGUUUGUCAGUCUAACAAAAAAUCAGAAAGGCUCUGAGGAUCUUACGAGCAUUUCAGGGAUAAAAUGGUUUUCAAGUCAAAUUCUUUUCUGGCAAACUGCAUCGUUGUGUAGAUAUAAAUUAUUGUCCCUUAGUUUGGCUGGGGUCUCUCUGUCCACACCCUUUCAUGUUGUUUGUGCUCUACUGCACAAGCACGCAAUCCAUUCAGAUCUAUUAGAGAUAUUAAACAUUCAUUAGCUAAUGCAAAUUUAAGCUUUUAGGCAAGUUGAUUCUUGGAAAGAUCAAGAUGCUAGAGUAAUUUUAUUCACAAAAGUUUUCCAAGUACAGUUGUAAUAACUGAAAAUAUGGCUCCACCUUUGGUGUGUCUGCAACUUAUGUUUAGCCCUUGCUCGUCAAUAUGUACAGUUAUCUAUAAAUAUGACUACAAUUGCUGAAUAUGAAUUAUUCACGCUGA